AUGCCGCACCAUAACGGCUUCGAAGCAACUAUAAGAGUCGACGGUCAAACCACGGAUGAGUAUGCCUGUGAAGUCUCUGCCGAUAGGGCCACGGUGACUUGCUGGAUUGCGUCCCAACUCGGAAAAGAGUUCUCGGUGUACUGGAGGCGUGACCGCUCCCAUCGAGAGCAUAGUGUCGGCUAUGUGCAAGUCGACGGGAAUCCUUGUGCUGGGCGGGUGAUUUACUCUUAUGCGUCCAGCGCACAGCUCAGUGGAGUCACCACAGAAGACAACAGACUGCGACCAUUUGUGUUCUCUUCCCUGGAAACCACUGGCUCGUUCAUGCUCUCUUUGCCAAAAUUUCCUAACGACGACGCUUUGGAAGACUAUGCAGUACAUCCUGAUUUAGGCGUCAUAGCCUUGACAAUAACGCCAGUGGUCGUAGGCCAGAGAGGAAAUCACGAAGGUGCUGAUUCUGUCGCCAUGCCUGAUCUCACUGUGCACGAACGAGCAAAGAAAGCACUAACAGAACGAGUCGGUUUGGGUGCGGAAGGCCAGGUCCACUAUCGAAAUACCGCCGCCUCAAUCGCUCUGAAGGGCGAUCCCAUAGUCACGUUCAGGUGGAAGUAUCGACCAAUAGAGGUACUACGUGCAGCAGGCUCUAUCUUGAACAAAAAGCGUGCGGCUGACGAAGUGGCUGGACCAUCAAAGCGUCCGAAACGCGAGGAAAAGAAGAUCAUAUUGGAACCCAAGCCCGAGGUCACUGACGCUAUAUUGAGCACCUCCACUACCCAAAUUGAACUGAAACGAGAGGUUCCCGAAUUAAAGCGGGAACGGUCGAGCUCUCCCAUCGUGAAACAAGAACCCGUGGGGCAUGUGUUCUUUAAAACAGAAGAGGACAUAGAAGGAGCUCAUGGGCGGGUCGAUCUUGCUGACAGCAAGCCCCAGCGGUUCAAGCAAGAAAAAAUCGACCCGCGAAUAACACGAGUAGAACCGCUCAUUCCAAAUAGCGGAGACGAGGAGAUCAAACCACUCGUGCCAAAGGAAGAGUCAGCUACAACUACGCCUGUCUCUUAA